AUGGCUGCCGCAAGAACCACCACGCCAGACUUGGUCGCCGAGGCAGGAUUGGCACCAGCACCAGAUACGUCAGCGACAGCCCCCGCACCCGCACCAACAAAGCAAGAACUAGAGUCUCGCGCCAGAGAAUAUAUCGCACAAGAAAAAUUCAAUCGCAGAUUCACGCUUCCUGCGACAGACGCUCAUGAUGAGCUAACCGUGACCUAUGCCGUCGGCGGCGUGGACAGCGACACUGCGCCGACUGUGCUGUUUAUUGGUGGCAUGUACGGUGGGAGAUUGCUUGUCAGCAUGACCGACCAUGUAGGGCAGAGUCUUGGGAUGAGAAUUGUUGUGAUCGAUAGGCCGGGAAUGGGUGGUUCGACAAUAGUCGAUGUAGGGCUCCGCUUGUCGGUUUGGCUCGAAACAGUGCCCCUUCUUAUGCGCACCAUCAAUGCACAGCACGUGUCCAUUGCUGCUCACAGCUGUGGUGUCAUCUAUGCGCUCAACACCAUAUACGAGUUGCCAUGGAUCUUGCCCCCGUCCAAUCGUAAGCUGUAUCUCUUCUCACCUUGGGUCAGCCUAGAGCACUCGGGCAUGACGAUGUUGUCCAUCUCUUCGUAUCUGCCCUCACCUCUCAUCAACCAGUUCGACAACAUCGUCCGCUUCGUCAACUCCACCAUGAUGCCUGCUGUGCAUUUCUCGGGUAUAGUAUCUAGCGCGCUGCCGGUGUCUUCCACGGCCGACCAGGAGGGUGGUGGCUCGGGAGACAGUGGCAGGACAAAGCCCCUGCCGAGACAUGAGCGCGAUGAGACCUGCCGCGAGUAUUGUGGAGUUUCGGCUGCAGAAUACUCGGCUAGGUCCAAAGAACUUAUGCACGCAAUGUUUGAAGAGAGCACACGCGCUGCUAAUCACGAAGCCCUACUCUCACUACGGAAAGGGGUCGCCGGAGAAUGGGGUGUGUGCGAUGAUUAUGAGACGUACCCUAACGCUCUGGAAGCCAAGAUGCGAGAAUUCUCCCGGGAAAUAGGGGGAGGUACGAGCCGGGAGACGGGCCAAAGUAACUUGGCACUAACUAACAAUCCCUUCGUGAUCAAAGCAUUCUGGGCGGAGAAGGACCAGAUGAUUGAGAAAAAAGGCGAAAAAUACUUCAAUAAAUGCUUUGAGCGUUUUUCCGAGACCAAUGUGGGAUCUAGCGGCGACGGAAACGAGCAUAGUUAUCUGCUCUACGAGAGCGAGGUGGUACCAGAGACAACCCACGACACAGUUGUCCUACCCCAGUAUGAGGCUUUGCCAAGGGCAUUGAGAGAUAUGCUAGGGCGACAGGAGUAG